AUUUGCCCAGAGCUACACUUAGUCCAGAAACCUGCGCUGCGAGGUGAUCACAGAAGGCACCCAGAACGGACUGGACGAGCAAGGGCGGCUGCGGCAGAACACGGUGGUCUGCGCCGCCUCGGGAUGGAGGUGCUCAACGAGUCCGCCCCCUUCAACUUCUCCCUGCCGCCGGGCUUCGGCACGCGCCCCUCCGACCUGGCGAUGAGCGUCGUCCUGGUGUGCAUGGUGCUCCUCGUGAUGCUCACGGUGGGCUGCACCAUGGAGUUCAGCAAGAUCAAGGCUCACCUCUGGAGGCCGAAGGGGCUGGCUGUCGCCAUGGUCGCCCAGUACGGCAUCAUGCCCCUCACCGCCUUCGCGCUGGGCAAGAUGUUCCGGCUGAACAACAUCGAGGCGCUGGCCAUCCUGAUCUGCGGCUGCUCACCUGGGGGGAACCUAUCCAACAUCUUCAGCCUGGCCGUGAACGGGGACAUGAACCUCAGCAUUGUGAUGACCACCUGCUCCACCUUCUGUGCCCUGGGCCUGAUGCCUCUGCUCUUGUUCCUCUACUCCAGAGGGAUAUACGAGGGGGACCUGAAGGACAAGGUGCCCUACGGAGGCAUCAUGAUAUCACUGGUCACAAUUCUCAUUCCUUGCAGCAUAGGAAUCUUCCUCAGAUCCAAACGGCCACAAUACGUACCCUACAUCAAAAAGGUAGGAAUGACCAUUAUUCUCCUUCUCAGUGUGGCUAUCGCAGUCCUCUCUUUCUUCAACGUGGGCAAGAGCAUCAUGUUUGUCAUGACACCACACCUGCUGGCCACCUCCUCCCUCAUGCCCUGCUUUGGCUUUGUGUUAGGCUACCUUCUCUCUGCUCUCUUCUGCCUCAAUGCACAGUGCAGACGCACUGUCAGCAUGGAGACCGGAUUUCAAAACGUUCAACUCUGUGCUACUAUCCUCAAUGUGACCUUCAGGCCUGAAGUCAUUGGGCCACUUUUCUUUUUCCCGCUCCUCUACAUGAUUUUCCAAGUUGCUGAAGGAUUUCUCAUCAUCGGCAUCUUUCGGUGCUAUAAGAAAAUCAGACCUUCCAAAGAAGAAACAAAAAUGAUCUAUAAAGCUACCCCAACUGAAGAAGCAAUUCCAAAGGCUCUGGAAAACGGCACCCACAAAGAGGAGUAUCCCCAAGCCUAGCCCAUUCCUCAAUGGCCUGGAUUCCACCCAGAUGGCAAGUCAAUAAACCAAUAGAGUAAACAACAGAGCACCAAAUAAGAAAAGAACACCAGGCUUCUGAGUAUUUCUCUGGCACUUCCAGAAAACCUCACUUUCAGCAAACAAAUCAGCAGAAUCAUUAAGUCCUGGUCUGAAGGACAGAGAGGAAAACCUAUGCAAGAAGCCUCACUGAUCCCCAGCUCAGGACUUGGUACUUGUUUGAAAAAUAAGAGACUUGCUCAAUGACUAACAAUUCUCAAGGAGGCAAAUACUUUAAAUCCACCUUUCGCCCCUGAAUCUCUAGAACAGUGCCUUGUAAAGCUUAUAAAAGUCAAUUUCUGGGCUGGGGAUUUAGCUCAGUGGCACAGCGCGUGCCUGGCAAGUGUGAGGUCAUGAGUUUGAUUCCUGGUACCAGGGGGGAAAAAAAAAGUCAAUUUCUGAACCAAUCAAUAAAUGGAUGUUCCACCCAUUCAUCAAGUA